AUGGCGUCGUGCUUCUCAGAGCUGCGCAGCCCUUUCAGCGACCCAGUGCUUCCCCAUGUGGCCAUGCCAGCAUAUACGGAAGGGUUGACGGUGGCGCACCUGUCUGCGGACAUUCUACAGGAUGUCGUGGGACAUCUGGACACCACGGACAUUUGCGCGCUCAGCUGCACCUGUCGACUCUUCCGCGCCGUCUGCAGCGAAGCAGCGCCCUUCCUGCGCCUGUCGCUGUUCCCCCAUCAGAGAUGUGCACUUCGAUGGAUGCUGGAGCGCGAGAAGGAGGCAGGGCUCUUGCCCAACCCCACUUGGAGGCCCUUCCCCACAAAGGACGGCGUUCCACUUUGGGGAUGUGCGGCUUCAGGCGGCAUCCGAAUCGAGGCACCGCCAGAUGUGAGGGACCUCAGGGGCGGCUUCUUCUGCGAUGAGCCGGGGCUGGGAAAGACGAUCACUGCGCUCGCCCUGAUCCUCAGAACAAAGGGCAGUGUGCCGCAGGCCCCGGUGGAUGCAACAGUGACUGCGGCCCGUGACAAAGACGGCAAGCGCACUGCCUUCUACACCAUGCCUGCGCAUGCCUCAAUGGAGGGCGACAGCAGCUCGGAGAUAGAGGCAGGACAUAGUAGGAAGCGGCAGAAGGUGUGCGACAGCAGCGCUGGCGGACAGCCUGUGCUGGAGAAAUUCCUGUACCAGCACCGGCUGCUGCAGGAAGGGGUGCAGGAUGCCGCGGUGGCGGACGAAUCGUUCUGGGUGAAGUGCGAGCUCUGCAAGAAGUGGCGAGCCAUGCCAAUUGGCCACAAGAAACCCGAGGAGAAACGCUGGAUAUGCACAAUGCAUCCCGACCCCGAGAUUGCAUCCUGCGAUGUGGAGGAGGAGCAAGCACACGAAGUCACCCGGUACUCAGAGCACGAGGGCUAUGUGCAGCCAGGGGAACCCCAGGGGCAGCAGGCCAAUGUUGAGUACUUCCAGCGCAUGGCAGAGAAGCACCUGGAGAUUCCUCCAAGGACGUGGGGGGAGCCAGAGGUAGCGCAGAAUGUGGCCAACAUGCUGGAAGAGUUGGGCUUCAAGAAAGAAUCGGCCCCUGGCAAGAUGCAGAAGGGCAAGCAGAAGGGCAAGCGCAAGGGGAAGAGCAGUUCAGGCGUUCUGUGGCAGCAGCCCUACAGCUUGGAGCUGCUCCACCUGGACAGGGCAGCCCUGAAGAUCGUGGCCGACAGAAGCGCCCUGGGCAAGGCACCAUCUGUUCCAAAUGGAGGAAACAGAAAGCAGCAUCGCAUCUACCUGUCCAGUGCUACCUUGCUGGUGGUCCCCUCAACGCUGAUUCAGCAUUGGAUGGAUCAGAUCAAAAUGCACACUGCGAAUGCGGUGAGGGUGAAGGUUCUGGACACCAGGCUGGAUGCCGACCCCCUGGCCGCCCUUGACAUCGCUUGGAAGUAUGACAUUGUGAUCACGACUUUCCAGCGCCUGAGCUUAGAAGGGUCCCUGGGCAAGCAGUCUGCAUUAGCACAGAUACAUUGGCUGCGCAUCAUACUAGACGAGGGCCACAUGCUGGGCGCCAGCCUGGGAAUGACAAGCAAGCUGCAGAUGGCUGUCUCCUUGCGCGCUGAAAGGCGCUGGGUCAUGACAGGCACGCUUGCUGUGCUUGCCGACCCAUCUGCUUAUUUCCAGGACAUCUGCUGCGUUCCUUUGAUGUUCUGGUCAUGUCACAUGUCACGCACCCCUACGCCCAACACUCCCACAUCGCAUGUGGCUCACCUGCAGCCCCUGCUCGCAUUUUUGGGCCACGAGCCCUAUGGCACGCAACGCAAGAUUUGGGAGGACGCUGUGCAACGGCCCUUUGAAGCGCAUCAAAUAGAUGGCCGUGUGCGGUUGGUAGAUUUGUUGAGGCACACAACCAUCCGUGCAUCCAAAGAGGACCUCAUCACCAUGACCAAGUGCUUCAGAAAGGUCACAGUGCUGGACUUUGCACCAGAGCAUGCCCUGAGCUACAACGAGCUGAUUGAAGUGGUGAAGAAGAACCUGCUGCUGGGCGACUGGGGUGACGAAGAUCACAUUGAGAGUCUUCUGUCGCUGCGCAAUUCCAAGUGGGGCCAGGAAAUGCUUAGAAAUGUCAGGAUGUCGUGCUGCGUGGCGGGCAACUGCAACUUGAGUAUCAAGGAGGAAGAUCUGAAGGAGACCCUGGAGCUGAUGUCGGAGCGAUUGGGUCAUUUCACGGUGGAUGCGGAAAACCCACCGUGGGUUGACGCGGAUCACCCGCUGGCGUACAUUGAGGAGGCGCUGCGCAACGGAAGCGCGACGGAGUGCCCGCUGUGCAAGGAGCCGUACAGGAUGCAGAGCGUGGAGGACCCGGAUCGCCGCGCCAACAACCCCAACCCCAAGUGGGAGGUGCCCAUCGAUGUGAUCGAGUGGCAGCCCAGCUAUACGCAGGAGGGAGCGCUGGGGAUCAGCGGCGGCCAAUGGAGCGCGACCUGGCAGAACACGAACUCCAGCAAGUGCAUGCACCUGCUGCAGAGGCUCGUCAGCAUCGGCGCAGCUCCACAGUCGAAGACUUCCAGCGAUGGCAGGGUGGGCGUGUCACCUGAACACGGCCCUCGGACGAAGGCGAUUGUGUUCACCCAGUUUUGGCACCACCUAUUUCUCAUCGAGCAGCAGCUGACAGAGCACGGCAUUGGAGUGGCAGUGCUCAAGGGCAAAAUGAAACCGGAUGAGAAGGCCCGCGCUCUCAACCAUUUCAAGUCGUGGGAUGGUGUCACUGUGCUGCUGAUGGACGAGACGGGCUCGGUGGGACUGGACCUGUCUUUUGUGUCCUACGUGUUCCUCAUGGAGCCCCUUGUAGAUGCCAGCCUGGAGCAGCAGGUCGUGGCCAGGGCACAUAGGAUGGGUGCAAAGGCAAUCGUGCAAGUGGAGACACUGGUGAUGAGGGGAACUGUGGAGGAGAAGGUAAUUGAGCUGGCGCAGACUGGGGCGAAGGCUGCUGUGGACAGCGAGGACCAAGAAGCAGCCACUGAGAGACAAGCUGGCGGCACUGCGGCCAGUACCAGCUUGGCACAGCGGGCUACUGAACUCUUUCAGCUGAGAAAUAAGAUGUUGAGGUCUCUGCAUUGCGUGAGUGUCGCAAAGAAGAAAAGCGAAUGAUGGUUAUCCCACUCUGUAGUGAGGGUGAACUCUAGGAUACGUGCUAAUGGAAGUGAUUGAAAAAUCAUAGAACCCAGUUCCUGCUAAUUAAAACUUUCAGGAGUGCCUAAUAGGUGCACGAUUGCGAACGUCUGGGAGACGGAAUAUUUAUGCUGUUCUUUUGUAAGCUCGGUUGUGAU